AUGGCGGAAACCAGACCAGGACACGCAGUUGCGACACAGCGUCUUCGCGAGGACGAUGCAACUAUUUCAGACGAGGAAUCCGCAAGCGACGUCGCAGUACAAUCGGGAGAAGCUGACGGAUUUCGUCCGCAAGCUGGAGGAAGUGCUUUACCGCACGGCGAAUUCGAGGGAGGAGUAUGGCGAUUUCAGCACUCUGGAGCGACGACUGCAGCUUGCUGCUAG